AUGAGAGAACGAGAAAGAGAAAGAGAAGAGGAAAGAAGAGAAGUAGACGAAAAAGAAAGAGAAGGAAAAAAGAAAGGAAAAAGAAAACGAAAGAAAAAUAAGGAUGAAAGCGAUCUGGAACAGUUGAAGAGGGAAGUCGAAAUGUCCGACCACAAGCUGAGCCUGGCGGAGCUCGCUUCAAAAUAUCAAACUGAUCUUCAAAGGGGUCUAAGAAUAGAACAGUACAAGGAAAUCUUGUCACGUGAUGGCCCCAAUCAACUUACCCCACCAAAAACUGUUCCGGAAUGGAUUAAAUUUUGUAAGCAGUUGUUUGGUGGGUUCUCCAUGCUGUUGUGGAUAGGAGCGGUCUUGUGCUUUGUGGCUUACGGCAUCGUCGUUUCGUCCGUAGAGAGUCCGCCCGGAGAUCACUUAUACUUGGGCAUCGUGUUGACGGGUGUCGUCAUCGUCACAGGCAUAUUCUCCUACUAUCAAGAGGCCAAAAGUUCAAAAAUUAUGGAAUCUUUCAAAAAUAUGGUUCCUCAGUUCGCAUUAGUGAUAAGAGAAGGCGAGAAGUUGAACGUGAGAGCCGAGGACCUGGUAAUUGGAGACCUCGUUGAAAUUAAAUCUGGUGACAGAGUGCCGGCUGAUGUCAGGAUAAUUUCAUGCAGUGGAUUCAAGGUUGACAAUUCUUCUCUAACUGGCGAGUCUGAGCCGCAGAGUAGAGUGGUUGAAUGCACGCACGAUGCACCGCUGGAGGCGAAGAACCUGGCAUUCUUCUCCACGAACGCCGUCGAAGGGACGGCAAGGGGGAUCGUGGUAAACACCGGUGAUCGUACAGUCAUCGGUCGAAUCGCCAACUUGGCCUCGGGAAUUGAGAUGAGCGAAACUCCAAUUGCGAAGGAAAUCGCUCAUUUCAUCCACCUCAUCACCGGUGUGGCUGUUUUCUUAGGUGUGGUUUUCUUCAUCAUCGCAUUCAUUCUCGGCUACAACUGGCUUGACGCCGUUAUUUUCCUGAUUGGAAUCAUCGUCGCCAAUGUGCCUGAGGGAUUGCUUGCUACUGUUACUGUCUGCCUGACAUUAACCGCCAAACGAAUGGCCAAGAAGAACUGCCUUGUGAAGCACCUGGAAGCGGUGGAGACGUUGGGGUCGACUUCAACAAUAUGCUCCGACAAAACGGGAACCCUCACACAAAAUCGAAUGACGGUCUCACACAUGUGGCUCGAUGAUACUUUCUUUCAAAUUGAUCUCACCAAAUCAAAUGAUGCGUUGAGAUCGCCUAAGCUAUCCAGAUCUUGGAAUGAAUAUUCUCGAGUUGGCAUGCUGUGCAGUAGGGCCGAGUUCAAAAGAGGUCAAGAAAAUAUUGAAGUAAUGAAAAGAGAGUGCAUUGGUGACGCUUCGGAGUCGGCCAUCUUGAAGAUCAUGGAACUUGGAGGAACUAACGUUGAAGAGUACAGGCAACGAUUAAGGAAAGUCUGCGAGGUCCCGUUCAACUCUGUUAAUAAGUACCAGCUCUCCAUACAUGAACUGGAAAACGAAAAUGAUUUCAGCUCCCACAUCCUCGUCAUGAAAGGUGCUCCUGAAAAAAUUUUUGAAAAAUGUAACAGGAUUUUAAUGCACGGCACAGGGCUGGAAUUGAACAAAUACUGGAAAAGGCGUUUCGACAUGCACUGCCUAAGACUUGGAAAUAUCGGGGAUAGAGUUUUAGGGUUUUGUGACUUGGAACUGCCAAAAGAUUCCUACCCUAGAGGUUUUGAAUUUAAUGCAGAUGACAUCAACUUUCCAGUCACUGGGCUUAGAUUUUUAGGACUCAUUUCGAUGGUUGAUCCGCCGAGAGCCAACGUACCUGAUGCUGUGAGAAAAUGCAGAAGUGCGGGCAUAAAGGUGAUCAUGGUGACUGGCGACCACCCGACCACAGCCAUGGCCAUUGCAAAAAAUGUCGGAAUUAUAACAGAAGGUGAGGCAACGAAAGCGUGCGUAGUGCACGGAUCUCAACUGAAAGAGAUGGACCAAGAUGAAGUGGACGAUAUUUUGUCGGAACAUGAUGAAAUUGUCUUCGCCAGAACUUCGCCGCAACAAAAAUUGGUCAUUGUCGAAGGCUGUCAAAGACUAGGCGCCAUUGUGGCAGUCACUGGAGAUGGUGUUAAUGAUUCGCCUGCUCUUAAGAAAGCUGAUAUCGGAGUUGCCAUGGGGAUAUCAGGUUCUGACGUGAGCAAGCAGGCGGCCGAUAUGAUUCUACUUGAUGAUAACUUCGCUUCUAUUGUGACUGGAGUUGAAGAAGGGCGUUUGAUAUUCGACAACCUGAAGAAAUCUAUCGCGUACACGCUGACGAGUAACAUUCCGGAGAUCAGUCCGUUCCUCUUUUACAUUACUGCCAACAUCCCACUGCCGCUCGGGACUAUAACAAUCCUGUGCAUCGACCUGGGCACGGAUAUGGUUCCUGCUAUUUCACUGGCAUACGAGAAGGCUGAGUCUGAUAUCAUGGAUAGGAAGCCGAGAGAUCCUCUUAAGGAUAAAUUAGUCAAUAAUAGGCUGAUUAGCAUGGCUUACGGACAGAUAGGGAUGAUCCAGGCUUGCGCGGGUUUCUACGUUUACUUCGUAAUCAUGGCGGAAAAUGGAUUUACUCCUCUAAGACUGCUAGGCCUGCGAGUUGAAUGGGACUCACCAAGUGUUAAUGACCUUUUGGACUCAUAUGGACAAGAAUGGACAUACGGCCAAAGGAAGGUUCUGGAGUACACCUGUCACACCGCCUUCUUUGCCUCAAUAGUAAUUGUGCAAUGGGCUGAUUUGAUUAUCUGCAAGACUAGGAUGAAUUCAGUUAUUCACCAAGGGAUGACUAAUUAUAGACUUGUGUUUGGACUCUUCUUCGAGACAACGCUGGCCAUCUUCCUGGCCUACUGCCCAGGACUGGAUAAGGGCUUAAGAAUGUAUCCCUUGAAAUGGACCUGGUGGUUUGCCCCUCUUCCGUUCAGUGUGGUCAUUUUGCUGUACGACGAGAUAAGGAAGGCCAUUAUGAGAGGACAGUCAGAAGGAUGGCUGAAAGAUGAAACCUAUUAUUAA